AGAGAGAGAGAGAGAGAGAGAGAGAGAGAGAGAGAGAGGCGCGACGCGACACAAGCUCGUGGGGAAAUCAAGAGGGAAUCGUGGACAAUGGAUUCGCGAGCGAAAGGACUCUCCGUUGAUUAAAGGAAGGAGUCUUCGAUGCACACGAGACACAAGGAGGAGAAGCAGAGGGCUAUGCUGUUUCUGCUCGUCUUUACUGCUGUUUGAUUAACCAUGAUGAAGACUGAACCCCCAUCUGCAGCCAGCAGCAGCUCUGGCACCACCCUCGUAGCAAGAAGCGCAUCACCGCACAGAAACGCCUAUGAAGCUGGAAUUCAAUCUCUCAAGCCGGUAAAAGAUUCCAGUGCUGCUAAGGGCGAGGACAUGAAACCUCGACCCCAGGGCUGGGGCCGCAGGUACGGCUCCAAUGUGCACCGCAUCAAGAAUAUGUUCAUGCAGAUGGGUUCCCCUGGGGAUGAAGAGGAUCCAUCGAAGGCCAAAGACCAGUCCAUCCGACUCUCCCUCCCCAGAGCGAGCAGUCUGAAUGAGAAUGUGGAUCAUAGUGCGCUGCUCAAACUCGGCGGGACUGUGUCAGAGCGAGUUAGCCGCUUCGAUGGAAAGACCGAUGGUAGCAGCUCCCGUGGACCAACCACAGGCUUCUCCAAGCUACAGGAGACACGGAAGAUAUUUGAGCAACGCCACCUGCAGGAGAAGCAGGCUGCGACUAAUCGAAUCCUGUUAAAGAAAGAAUGGGCGUCAGGCUUCCAAGACAGCCGUUUGGAUGUGGUGGUGCGCUUCAAUGGCAGCACAGAGUCAUUGGACAGACUGGACGGGGGGGACUGUCGCGCAGAUGCAGUCUCCCCUACAGUCAGCCAAUUGAGUGCAGUGUUUGAACGGGCCGACCAGCGCAACAACCUACACCGACCGUCCUCAACCUCCCCGCUGCCUUCUACCCCGGCCAAAGUGGGAGGAAUCAGCUCCAAGGUUGUCACUAGAAAGACACGAGUCUCCCCUCCAACGGAGAACCAAGAGGAGGGAGCUCAGCGCAACGACCACGAGGCUGCAUCUGGGAGUCCGAAGAGUAGAACAAGCAUCCAAGCUGAUGGACCCAAAGGCAAACCAUCCGAGGAUGUGGCUGCUGGUACGGCUUUAGAUAAGUCCAGGUCGGAAGAGGGUUCCAAACCAGAGGAGCAUGCAGCACCAGGAGCACCGGAUGCAGGGAGCAGACUGGUACAGGCGGAUGUCCACGCCUCUCUGGAAAAUGGAGAAGCCACCAGCAGCCAUGAGCCCUCAGAACAAAAGGAGGAAAUUGGACAGGCCUCCGCCGAGGAGGAAUCCCACAGAGAGGAUAUCUCAGAAGCAGACCUGGUGGACAUCAGCGCAUAUAGCGGGAUCGGAGAGGACUCUGGUGGGAGUCAGCUGGAUGAAGAUGAGGAGGCUGAGGAUGAUGAUGCUUAUGAACCAGAAUCCAGCUGUUCGGAAAUCACUGGGCUGCCUGUGGAAGAUGAACCACCGCCCAGCAGGAAGAUUCGUUUCAGUACAAACCCCAUCAAGGUCUUCACCACAUACUCAAACGAGGACUACGACAGGCGUAAUGAUGAGGUUGACCCCAUGGCGGCUUCGGCCGAGUAUGAACUGGAGAAGAGGGUGGAGAGACUGGACCUUUUCCCCGUCGAGCUGGAGAAAGAUAAAGACGGAUUGGGAAUCAGCAUCAUCGGGAUGGGUGCCGGCGCAGACAUGGGCCUGGAAAAACUGGGAAUCUUCGUCAAGACAGUGACGGAAGGAGGAGCCGCCCACCGAGACGGAAGGAUCCUGGUGAAUGACCUGAUCGUGGAGGUGGACGGAACCAGCCUGGUGGGCGUGACCCAAAAUUUUGCUGCGUCGGUCCUCAGGAACACCAGCGGCACUGUCAAGUUUGUGAUUGGCCGGGAGAAGCCGGGGGAACAGAGUGAGGUGGCCCAGCUGAUCCAGCAGACACUGGAGCAGGAGAGAUGGCAGAAAGAAAUGAUGGAGCAGCGCUACAACCCCUACAUGGAAGAGGACGAAGAGACGGGUGAAUAUGCCACCGAUGAAGAAGAAGAGAUGAGCCCCAUGUUUCCUAAUGCCAUCGAGGUGUUUGACCUGGCAGAGAAUGAAGACAUGCUCUCUCCUGUGGAGAUGGACCCAGAGAAACUUGCACACAAGUUUAAGGAGCUCCAGAUAAAACAUGCUGUGACCCAGGCUGAGAUCCAGCAGCUCAAGAGGAAGCUGGCUCACGCUGAGCAGGAUAAGCUGCGCUGGCGGAUGGAGAGGGCUCAGCUGGAGCAGACGGUGAGAGAGAAUAAGGAGCGGAUGGAGAAGUUGGAGGGCUAUUGGAUGGAGGCUCAGAGCUUGUGUCAAGCGGUGGAUGAGCACCUGAAAGAGACGCAGUCGCAGUACCAGGCGCUGGAGCGCAAGUACAGCAAAGCCAAACGCCUCAUCAAAGAGUACCAGCAGAAAGAGAUUGAGUAUUUGAAGAAGGAGACGGCCCAGCGCAGAACACAAGAGGAGUCAGAGGCCAGCCACAAGGUGGAGACAGAAAACCUCCAGGAGAAGAUUACAGACUUGGAGUCAAAGGUUGGUGCUCUGAAGAGCUUGGAGCCGUCGUAAGCCUUCCUCUGUGGAACUGAGGGAGAGAAUGACAGAAACGCCUUGAACUCCGCCCACUCUACCCUCCGACCACAUUUUCCCUCCAUGGCCUGAAGAGCCUGAUGAACUACAGGAAACAUGCCGAGGGGAUGUUACCGGGGACAGAGAGGGGACAAAACACACUGUACCAGACGCCUGAGGGACGUCUAGCCAUCAGGAGGCCCUUUUUAUAGUCAUUUAGUCAUGUUCUCCAUUUCUUUUUAAGCGCCCUUAAAGGUAUUAUGAGCCUCUCUGCUCUCGGCAGGAAUGUAGAACCUCUUCGUUAAUAAACGUUCACUCACUUGCUUGCAGGAGAAGAGCGAAACGGUUUCCGGACAAAGACGGCACGGAUGCCCACACGCACCCUUAAUAAGUGUAGGAUCGGAGCGAGAGCCGGCCUGUAUAGCAGUGACUGACAAGAGGACUGUUUGUAUAUAUUCUGGCAUAUAUUUAAAUAUUAAAACCGCUUAAGCAAUGUGCAGGGGGGAGGAGAAAGGGCUUUUUUACUUUUCACAUCUAGGCAAAUCAUACAGUGAAAAUGAUCCAUUUUUGCAUGGCAAAAGAUACGUUUUUUUUUAGGACAAAAUUGGAAAACAGGGUGUGAAAAAUGUAGAGUUAGUAGAGUUAGCAUUCAGGGGCUUCUCAUGUCUGCUUUCUUUGUAAAAGACGUGUUAAUGGAAGUAGAAUGAAUAGGGGUGUAUGGGUGAUGUUUCUUCAUUAGGAGAAGCACCACGUUGUGCUUUGACUCCAGUGCUUGUGGUUAGUUGGUGCAGUGCUCGUGUGCCUCGGUCAACCCUCUGUGACGUGACAGAGUAAGACUUCUGCAUCAGUCAGAAAUAUGGCCUUGUUUUAUUGCUCCCCAAAACCUUUCACCAGCCCUCUUUGUUUAAGCAGACUGUGUUUACUCCUCCAGGCCACAGUAAGUGCACUCAGAUUGCACUACAUCCUAAAGUUUUCCUCUUAAGUCCUCCUCUGUCUGAUUGAUUGAGUAUUAUCAUUCCAUAUACUAAGAUGUGGAAUCUCCUUUUAGUUGGUUUGUGGUGUUAUAAGCCACCUUUGUCUUCGUUAUGUUGUCUUAAAUGUGUUAAAUGCGUCUUUUUUUGUGCUCCUGGGAAAACUGGAAUUCUGACACAGAAAUUUGGAAAAGGAAUUUGAGACUUCAAUUAUAUGUCACCUUUAUCAACUCAGAUCCACAGAUGGUCUCAAGUUAGCAUGUUAGAGACACUGAGCCUCAUUCAUAGGACACCAGCAGAAUUUAGCGGUGAAAUAUUCGUAAAACCACUCACCAUUCACACAGAACAGAACGCCUUCUGUGUGAACGGCCCCCAGUCUGUGGAGCGCAGAUUAUUUUCUUUAGUUAAAUCUGAUAGUUGUGUCCUGUUCUCACCGUUGGGUCUCUUACAUCAACCAUAUUAAUGAAAGAGAAUCAAGUUGUUUUUUCACAUGUCAAAAAAACUCUUAUUCCUGGCUCAGUAUUGAAAACCUUAGAGUAUUGGAGUUCCCAUUUCCCUCCCUAGUGUUGUUCAGCUUUUUACAAACUGUUCUCAUUUUGCGUGCUCAUUUUCGGUUUUACAUUGGAUAAAAGGUUGAUGAAGCAACAGGGUAACACUGAGAUUCAACCGAUGCUGCAGAGUUUCGUGAAAUGAUGCUAGGAACAUAAUAGGAAUCUUAAAAUCAUUACUAUUCUGCAGCUAACCUAUUUUGAAUGUCAAUCAUCCUAAACCGCAAUUAGACUGAGUUUAUGUCUGACUUUCAUUGUCAUAGUCACCUAAAAUCAUUUUUCAAGCACGCGAGAACAAGCUCUGACUGGAAACGAUUUUCUCGCUCCAUUAAUUAUGGGACUAUUAUCUCAGUUUAAUUCUUUGACUCUUUAACCCUACAAACUAAGGAAGCCCACUGAGUUAACAAGGACCUUAUUAGCAAAGAUAUUCGAACAUAACGGUCAUAUUUGCUGUGUAUAGUUGUGUUUACUGUGAGCCUCUGUUUGCUGAAAUGUAAUGUGCUGACUAGUACUCAACCACCUUGUGUACGGAUGUCCAGAGGUGGCACGGUUGAAACAUGGAAACGUUCAUUUCAUAUUCCUGUGCGUCACACUGUAGAAACGAGCAAACUGGGUUUUUAUGGAGGUAACGGACACUUUGAAUCUUUUAAACGCUUUUAAAUUUCACAUUUUAGCUUAGCUUAGCUUAGCUGCUGCCUUUAAUGAAAUGAAUUUGCUUCCAUGUACAGGAAAGAGGUCUGUGUGUUUCUCCUCACUUGCUGGUGUAAUAGUUAGUUCCUCUUUAUUUUUGGUGUCCUACAGUGUAUUUUAAAUCUAAUAAUAAAAUGAGUACAAAAUAACAUGUUUAAAGAACGUUACAGUGUCGUUAAACAAGCAGCAGUUUGCUUGGAUCUAUAUUGGAGGGGAAAAAGUGUCUACAAAUGCCACAAUUUGUAAUUUGAUUGCCAAAAUUAUGACAUUAGCGCAUUUGUCUGACACCUAACAUAAAGCAGGAACAGAUUUUAUAGUUGUUUUAUGAACUCGGCUCCAUUUCCUCUGUAGGCUACUCUUUAGUUCCUUUUUUAACCCUGCCGUGUACAUUGCUACAACAUGAACCAGAGGAAGAUAUUCUCCAUUUGAAGUAAACAUCAUCAUGUUCAAUAAUUGCAUAAUUGCUGUCAUAAUAAAUGCAGAAAUGCGCUAAGUUUGAAA